UAAUCUACAUUAUUAUUGCCAUUUGCAAUAUUCUACUAAUUCUCAUCAAUAAUGUUCAAACUGCUAAAGCAAUAAAAUUAGAAGAGGUGGCCAUAUUCGAAGCCAUUCAAGUGCUUGCCAAUGAAUCAAACAUUUUGAAUGACGGAAGCUAGAAGACGAGUUUGGAAAUCGUUGGUGCGGCAGCGAGAGUUCGCAGAAUUUUGAUUACCGCAGUAACACAGAAGUAGCGUAUAGGCCGAUUUAGGACAUUCAAAUAUCUUGUAGCUUACAUCCAGAGGAUUUUCUAAUUUUCUCUGACAUCUUACAACAUCCGGCUACUUCUAGUCUUUCUGCUGCCUAGGUCCAGUUGUAUGGGAUACCUGUGGAGAUCUCUAAAGGAACGCCUGAGACUUCACGGCUAGUUGCAUAACAUAAACAACCCUUCGACAGGGAGAAUACACGUGGUGCCGUGUUUAAAUCACCAUUCACUGCUUUCUUCUCUUAAUCUGGAAAAGUAUUGACUUUACCACAAUGCCAGAGGGGCCAGAAUUACAUAAAGCGGCUUUGUUAGUCAACACAAUGUGUAAAGGACGCGUCUUCACCGGCAAGAUCAAGAAGUCCGCAGCAAACUACAAGAACCCUGAGGUCGAACACAACUAUAAGGAAUACACCAUACGGGCAGAGUCCAGGGGCAAAGAAAUGGCUGUGAUCCUCUCCGAAUACCCCCUUGCAAACGGCAAGAAAAGAGCCAAGAAAAAUUGUGAUCUGCGUAUUUUGUUUAGAUUCGGAAUGUCUGGUAGAUUUCAAUUCGGACCGGUCGAUGAAAUGCACAAGCAUGCACAUUUGAACUUUUACACGAAGACAGAGAAGAAAGACAAGGGCCUUGUUUUAAGCUUUGUUGAUGUCAGAAGGUUUGGUGGCUGGCAAGUAAAAGACACUUGGUCAGAAGACAGAGGUCCUGAUCCCAUGUUUGAGUACCAGGCAUUUCGUGAAAAUGUACUAAAUAAUCUUGACUCCUCAGUUUUCAACAAACCCCUGUGUGAGGUCUUACACAAUCAGAGAUACUUCAAUGGUAUAGGGAAUUACCUAAGAGCAGAGAUUAUUUUUAGGUCUGGAAUUCCCCCAUUUACCUGUGCAAGGGAUGUUUUAGAAAGUCUCCAAGUUUACCCGGAAGAGAAGAAGCCUUGCACCCCUGACCUGCUAGAACUUUGUCAUCUUGUACCUAGAGAAGUGGUAAACUUGCCUGGUGUUGGCUAUGAACCCUCUGGCUCAUAUUCGGGUUACUCUAGAUUCCAAGAGUGGUUACAGUGCUAUUACAACACAGACUUGAAUAAUUUGGUGGAUCAUGAUGGCCGGACCAUGUGGUUUAAGGGGAAGCCUGGGCCUUUGGCACCCAAAGUAAAGAAAUCAAGAAAUACCAAGUCACCAACAAAACGUAAACCAGAGGUCAAGGGAGUAACCGUCAAGGUAGAAACAGUCGAGGAAGAAGAAAGCAAGCCAAAGAUCCCAGUGAAAAAAGCAAAACGGAUGCCAACUAAAAAUGGACUGUCUAAGGUGAAGCCAACAUCAAAAUUCAUGAGAGAAGUGAAUGAAAUAGUAGCAGAAAGAAAGGCAUCCCUUAGACCAAGACACCCACGGACUUAAAAUACUCGAAAUCAUUCUUUAGCGCGCUGGCCAAUCUCGACUUGACAAGGAGUUCAAUUAUUACAGCGCCACAUAUAAGCGUACAUCUAACGUGUAAAAAUACUGGUAAUCCACAAAGAGCUGCUCUUCUUGGUCUGGAAAUAGAAGUUAGCAUUUUAAAACAUCCCAGCGCCUUAUCGCUCUUUUUCAUCAUCUUGAUAUAAAAAAUGUACGCCACCAGACAUCCUUAUCCUGGCGAGGGCGGGAUAGGUGUAUUUAUUAUCUAUUGAACAAGAUUGACGGAGACGCUCAUCUUUUGGUCAUGCCUUUUCGGGUGCGCCAUAUGCGCUAAAUCAUGUGUCACGAUUUGUAGAACGUUAUAGUACGUGAAUCAUUAUGCCUUAGUUUUGUUUUUAAAAAUUCCUUACAAAUUAAAAUCUCGUGUAAAUACUUUUAA